AUGAAGUACAUCGUUGAUCUACAAGUACGGGGAUCAUCUUUGCAUAUUAUAAGAUGUAUGUUCAAGGAAGAAGAGCAAAGUUCUUCUCUACAAUCUGGUUUCGACCCUAAACAAGGUAGCAACGAAAAGUUGGGGGAAUUCUUAAAUUUAUUAAAGGCAGUUGUCAAAAGAAAGCUGGAAAGCUUCCCAAAAUGUCGCCUAAAGAAUUCGAUUAUAACAGGCGAAGAGCUAAUGAGAGAAGGGCAAGGAAGCAUUGAGAUUAGGGAUCCACCAACUGAGGCACAGCAGCAUUUAAUUAGAAGCUUAGCAAAAGUUUUGUUGCACCAGUUUUCAAGUAUAAGCGCUACUGCAAGGACGGUUAAUGAAGGACAAGAUAAUUUGUUUCUAUCUUUGUUUGUUAAGAAAAUUUCUAUAGAGACAAUGUCAGCAUCUUAUGUCCCCAUUAAAUUAAACUUUUAUGAGAAGAAAAAUUUGGACCAGCAUAUAGAUUAUAUUUUGGACUCUGAAGAAAUUCAGGACUUAAAGACAUAUCAAGAGUCAGCACCCGAUGAAUUUAUGAUAUAUCCUUUUUGCUGCCUGGAAGAGAAUAAAGGAUUGAAAAGUGGUAACAUUUUGACUACAGAAUUCGAUAAGAUUGACUUAGAAUUCGAUGAAGAUGACAGUCUUGAAGGAGAAACUUUAAACACUUGCCUCAAUCCACAUGGAAAUUUUGACAUCCCACUGGCUAAACAAACACUAAAUCUCGUGAACAUGUCUCUCCUUCCGGCUACAAGUUUGGAAGGACAAUGGGAAGCGUUGUAUUUUGGUGAUAAUAUUAAAGAGAGACUUUAUAGCUACGCAACCAUCUCUCUCAAAAUAGCAAGGUUCAAAGAAACUGGGAACUUAAAUCAGCAGGAUAGUAAAACGUUGAUAACAAAUAACAAAUUGCUCCUUGUCCAUGGCCCUCCAGGAACAGGUAAAACAACCUUAUGUAAAGCCCUUUGUCAAAAACUAUCUGUCAGACGGGAAUUCUCUGACAAUUUUGGUACCAUCGAUACAAGUUAUAAGGGAAUAAUGAUAGAAUUGUCUUGUUCACGCAUUUUUUCCAAGUGGUUUGGGGAAUCAUCAAAAAAUAUAUCUAUAAUAUUCCAAGACAUCGAGGAACUUUUAAAGGUUAAUGAAAAGAACGGAAUUUUUAUAUGUCUUUUGAUAGAUGAGGUUGAAGCAAUAGCAAGCUCGAGGACUAAUUUGUCAAAUAGGAAUGAAUCAACAGAUGGCAUUCGUGUAGUGAAUACUUUGCUUACUCAACUUGACAGAUUGAAAAAAUACCAUAAUUUUUUGACACUAGCCACAUCCAAUUUGUUAGAUUCUUUAGAUGACGCCUUUGUUGAUCGUGCGGAUGGAGUAUUCUAUAUUGGAAAUCCAACGGCAGAGGGUAUUCUUCAGAUUCUAAGAGUUUGUAUAGAAGAGAUGAUAUCUUUGGGUAUAGUUUCUUUUCAUGCGGUAUCAUCUGGAGUCUCUUUUUUCGAGAAAUAUCAAAUGAGUUUGCAAAAGAUUGCAGUCAAGUGCUCAACCCUAAAUAUUAGCGGCAGGACAACAAGAAAAUUAUCUUUAAUAUGCCUUUCUGAGUAUUUCCGGACAUUUCCUGUGGAAGCGGAUGUGUUUAUUGCAGCGUUAGCAAUGUCAGCACGAAAACUUCGCGGUACUCAUAAAUGA